CUGUGGACAGCCUACUGCUCAACACAGCAGCACAGCACCUCAUGUUCGGACCAGCACCUGCUCAUAACACUAUAUUACAUUAACAUAUAUGCUUCUUUUAGUAUUUUCUUCUCAACGUUUUUGUUUGUUAUGAUCAUGACCGAAAACAGAUUCAUCCGGAUGAAAAGGAGUGAAAUUCUUUAUCUGAUCUUAAUCUCAGGAUUCAGCUUUUUUACUGUGGAAUCCUCAGACUUUCAUCUUAUUGAUCAAUCAAGGUCCUACGAAGACGCAAAGAGUUACUGCAGAGAGACGUUCACUGAUUUAGCCACAGUUCACAACUUGGCCGACAUGAAUAAUUUGACCAGUUUAGUUUCAACUGCCGCUAACAGAGCCUGGAUAGGACUGGAGGCCGGAGCUGUGAGGAUGUGGCACUGGUCCUGGCCUGAUCGUCCAGUGGAUUUUUUAAACUGGAAGAAAGGAGAACCACUAAAAACCAAUAAAGAUGCAUGUGCGGCAAUGGAUGAAGGUGGCAAGUGGUUUGAAAGUGACUGUGGAAGCAAGAGGAGAUUUGUUUGUCGCGGCAACAGUGAAUCUAGUCAACUCGUGUUUAUCUCCAGCCCCAAGUCAUGGAGGAAUGCUCAGACUCACUGCAGGAACCUGUUGCUUGAUCUGGUGAACGUACUCUCAGAGAAACAGAAUGAGGCCGUACGUAAUGUGUCCAUGUCACAAAUUGUGUGGAUUGGCCUCUUCAAAGAUCCCUGGAAGUGGUCGGACGGAAGCAACUCAUCGUUUCGUUACUGGAAACCCAAUCAGCCUAACUACCGUGAAGAUCAGGACUGUACUGCUGCAGUAUUCAAAGACAAAGGGCAGUGGAAUGACCUGAAGUGCAGGAGCAAACGCAAGUUUAUCUGUGGUGGGGCAAGGAAAUUAUUUCCAACCACCACCAGUCCGACACUGACCCCAGAGACUACGACAACAAUUCAACUGCCAACAAGUACGACGACUCCUCCCAACACCUCUCCUCAAGAGGUCAUGACAACAUUUACUUCCACUACUCCAACCAAACAACCAAACACGACUAAUGAUUCCACAGAAGGAGAAACAACUGCCGCUGACACGACAACAGCAAAUACCACAGAUGUCGUACACAGCACCUCAAGCACUGAGGUCAACAGCACGACUCAUGAGCAAGUGACCACCACAACACAGAGCACAACACGGCUUUCAACUCUAACUUCCAGAGGAAACUAUCAGUCUGUUCUUCCAGGAAAUCAGAUACUAAUCCAGCAAAACAUGACAUGGAUUGAUGCCAUGACUUACUGCAGGGAGCACCACGAUGACCUCGUCCACGUUACCACCAAGGAAAUUCAGGAGGAGGUGGCUGAAAAGGCAAAAAACGCCACCUCACCUCACGUCUGGCUCGGCCUUCGCUACACCUGCAAGUUUAACUUUUGGUUCUGGACCAGGUCGACGUCUGCCUGCUACCAGAACUGGGCCCCGGGACAAGGCCCUGAACGGGCAUAUGACUGUGGUGUUACAGGCGCCAUUAAGGCCACUGGGAGGCAGCAGUGGGUCGGCUUGCCUGAGACAGAGAGACUGAACUUCAUCUGCUCUACAUGUGCUGGCUGAGUGUAGGGCCUGUGACACUGCAGAUGUAGUAGAACCUGCAGUUUGAAUGAUUCUGAGUGAAGGAAUAACACCUUUGUGCUGGUUAUGUUCAUAUUGUUUUUCAUGGUUGAUCUAACAUUCAUGAUUUGGACUAUUGAGACGCUAAGCCAGUCAACUGUGAUGGACUUCAGCAGAGGUAUCACGGGUGUUUUAAUAUUCACGUAUGUCGCCAUACUUUUACCUUUGUUAAAAUACAGCUGCCUUCUCUAUUGUUGAGACUGAAUUUCAUUAUAUAUGGAAAAACUUGCUCGGUGUGUAGGCGUGCACAUUCACAGUCAUGGGCAGCAAGAGUAAUGUGAGAACACUGAUCCGCUCUAUGCCUUUCACUCGAGGGGUUAAUAUUUGCAUGUUGACCCCCUGGGUUGGGCCCCAAGAUUGUCUUUUUUAGACCACCAGAGUACGGCCCUGAUUCAGACGGCCUGCUGUCCUCGCUGACCUGACCUUCGCCGGCAGCCACACAGAAGACCGAGCUCAAAGACCCUCACCGUCCUCACUGCACACUGGAGAUACACGGAGCAUUUAAAGUCAUGGAGACCUGCAAUGCUGCAUUUUUAGAGAUGAAACCUGCAGUUAUUUGAUCUCAAACUGUACAAAAUGAUUUAAUCUGUGAACAGACUCUUUUCACUCUCGUCACACUGGCUGGUUCAUGGAAUUUAUUUUUGGCUGUGAAAUGUUUUUAUUGUUCCUUUUUUUUUUACUUUGCACAAUACAGUACAAGCUCCCUUACUUUUUUAAAAUAAUAUCUUCACAUACAUGUUGGAAUGAGCUUCAGUUGUCAGUUUGUACAUGUUAACAUCAACGCUCCUUCUGGUCUAAAAAAGAAGAAACUGUGUCAAGAGUGAUACAACACAGGAAAUAUUCACUGUGACGGCUGUCUGUUUAAACUGUUGUAAAAUAAAUGAUAUUUGGUCUUUGCUGACGUGACUCCUCAAAUAACCAACCGACAAUAAAAUGAUAUGCCUGUAUCACAAAA